CACGACAACUCUGACAUAUUUAUUUUUCAAGAUGUCAAGCAAGCCUUCUAUUGAUGCUAGGCAAGAAUUAGCCGAAUUAGUAAAAAGAAAAGCUGAAAUAGGGGAAACCCUAGCAAAUUUGGAAAAACAGAUAUAUGCUUUCGAAGGAUCGUAUCUGGAGGACACGCAGUUAUAUGGAAACAUUAUUAGAGGUUGGGACAGGUAUCUGUCAACAAACAAAACAACAAAUUCUAAGGCAGACAAAAGAAAUAGAAAAUUCAAAGAAGCAGAGAGAUUAUUCUCAAAAUCUUCUAUUACUUCAAUGGCAGCUGUCAGUGGAUUAGUGGACCAAAAUACCGAUAAAAGUAAGAAUUCAUAUGAUGUAGAGAGUAACAACACUUAUGCAUACAGUAUGGAUAGACAAAGCGAAUCAGAAUCGUUAACAAACGAAGAUUCCAGUGACACCAACAUGGCCGUCGUAACCAACCACAUAGAUUCUGGUAUCAAAACGACUGGUAAACAAACCACAAAUGCAACCUUUUCUGCCUCAAAUGGAACUCCGAACGGAAUAGAUCAAGGAAGCCCAUUGCCUGAUGUAUCAGCCAAGCAGAAGAACUUUGUAUCCAGUGCAAAAAAGAAUAAUAACAAAAAAUCCCGACACAGAUAACAAAAUAAAAAACAAAAGCCUGCCGGUAUAGAAUCGAGCGAGAAGACUUUACCAGAAAAAUGAUAUAUUUGUUUUUCAAAAAAGUGAUUCUUAAAAGUUGUUGCCAAGUAACGCUAUAAUGUGUUGGUUCUGUAAAUUUAUGAAUUUGAAAAAUAAAAUAAAGAACCCUCACGCUAUUCUGUCAAAAAACUAUUUGCACUACAAAAUACAAAUUAAACUGACUGGAAUUAGCUAUUUUUGUAUUAAGAGCACAACAUUUCUGAUUAUCGUUGCCGAGAGUAUUCUCAGGUCGAUGUUUGACCAAAACAAACAAAAUUAAUUUCAAUAAUAGCUCUUGUAGUUCUACUUCUUAUUUAAAACUAUAAAAAAUUGUUAAAAAUAUGAGUAUGAUAGAUACGAAGCCAAGUGAAUAAUAAUUGGGCGCCGUUCUAUAAAAAGUACAAAAGAAAUCUACAUUGGGCACCUAUUAUGUAUCCUGGAUAUUUCGUAUUUGCUGGUUAUUUAAAUAAACUGGUAAACAGGUACCCUUACACAUUUAUUUUUGUUGAUUAAUUAUACUAUUUUUCAACCAUGUCUAAGUUUGUUUUAGAGGGUUUAUAGAAUGUCUUUACAACAGUGCAGCCUUAUUGGCUCUCUAAACUAAUGGGAUUUGAGUGUUACUUCAUAUUAAAUAACAGUUUCGCAUCUAACAUACUCAUUAAAGAUUUUAUUAAAAAAAAGUAGUUUUAUAUAUGUGUCACCAGAACAAAGCAACAACUUAAGCACGAUCUGUCAGAUUUUUAAAAGCUUCUCACAAAACCGUAAUAUUACGGUCAUCGUCAUGCGCAGUAAAUAAAAACCGUUCGACUUUGGGCUUUAUUGAUA